GAGAAAAAAUGCGGACGCCAUUUUGCGUCGGACGUGUCGUGUUUUUGUGUCGAUUCGAUAUGCUAAAUGUCCGACAGCCGGACAAUUAUUAGACCUUAGUGUUUCGUUAAAAAAUUUUGUACAUUUUCAUAUAUUAUUGCACGUCUUUGACAACCGUUGUGUUUACUUUUUAUAGUUUUUUUUUUAUACUCAUUUGAUUUUAUAUUUUUAUAUAUACAAUAUAAUAUAGAACACUACAAGAUGAGAGGCAAAUCUGAUUUAGAAGAGGACGAACAAGGAAAAUUGUUUGUGGGUGGACUCAGCUGGGAAACUCAACAAGAAAGUCUUCAAAGAUAUUUUAAUCGAUACGGUGAGGUGAUUGAUUGUGUUGUUAUGAAAAAUAGUGAAAGUGGACGGUCAAGAGGUUUUGGUUUUGUCACAUUUGCUGAUCCAAAUAAUGUAAAUGUAGUGCUACAAAAUGGACCGCAUGUUUUGGAUGGCCGCACUAUCGACCCAAAACCAUGUAAUCCUAGAACUUUGCAAAAACCAAAAAGAAGUUCAAGCUAUCCUAAGGUCUUUUUGGGUGGUUUGCCCUCUAAUGUUACUGAAACUGAUUUAAGGACUUUUUUUUCACGGUAUGGAAAAGUUAUGGAGGUUGUAAUCAUGUAUGAUCAAGAAAAGAAAAAAUCAAGAGGGUUUGGAUUUUUGUCGUUUGAAGAUGAUGAUGCUGUUGAUAGAUGUGUAGCCGAGCAUUUUGUCAACCUUAGUGGCAAACAGGUUGAAAUUAAAAAAGCUGAACCAAGAGAUUCUAAUAAGAUGAAUGAUGUUGGAGCCAAUCAGUGGGGCAUGAAUCAAAAUAAUCAUUUAGCAAUGGGUGGAAUGGGCAUGGGUGGCCCAGGUGGACAAAUGGGAGGUCCCAUGGGUGGAAUGGGGCCUAUGGGUCCAGGAAAUAUGAUGCAAGGCUAUCAGGGAGGAUGGAGUUCUACUCCUCAAUCUCAGUACCCUGGUUAUGGCACUCCAUCAGGUCCUGGUGGAUUUCAGGGUUGGGGAGCUCCACCUGGACCGCAAGGUCAAGGAAUGGCUCCUCCAACUUGGGGUUCAAACUAUGCUCCACCUCAACAACCUGGAUACGGUUCAUAUGCACCUCAAGCACCUCCACAGUCAAGUUACGGAAAUAACUGGAAUUGGAAUAUACCCCAGAAUGGACCUGCGGCAGCUACUGGACCUCCUGGACAAACUGGGCCAGGACCUCAAAAUGAUAUGUAUUCUCGUUCUGCUGGAGCAGCACCAGCCACUGGACCUACUCCGCCUGGAACUGCCCCACAAAAAGCUGGUGAUUAUGCUGGUUAUGGAAAUUACACUGGCUAUCAACAGGAUUCGACCAGCUAUGGUGCAGGCCAAACUUAUAGAGGGGCGGACGGCACAGCCGCUGGCCUCGGGUCUGGCGGUGGGUAUGUGGCCCCAGUAGUGACGCCAGUCGUUUCCGCCGGAGUACCGGCGGCGACGUACAAUAACGCCCCAGGACCAACCAGAGCGAAUAAUUAUAAUUCAAACCAAGCACAACCAUACCAUCCUUACAGGCGCAACUGAACGUAUUAUUAUUUGACUGGAUCAUCACUGGUGACAUAUGUUCACUUAUGCUCCUCGAACUAUUUCUAAUCAUUCUUAUUCUUAUUAAUAAUAAACUACUAUUAUAAGCUAUAAAAUACACAUUGUGAUUGUGUUUAUUUAUAAGAAAGAAGCUGAUUACUACAUUAAAUCAACAUUUAAGUAUUUUUACUUACAUGUUGGUUAUAAUGUAAUAAUAUUAUAAAUAGAGAAUGCCUUGUCAUUUUAAUUUUUUUUUUUUUAAUGAAUUUUAUCGUGAUUAUGUCCAAACAUACUGUAUAUAAAUUUGAUUUUUUUUGUUAAAACCUAUUAAUAGGUUACUUUGGUCAAGAACUCAAUAUAAAAUAUUAAAGUUGCUUAAUAGUAACCCUAAUAAA